AUGUUGAUUUUAUACAACAGAACUAUACUACCGAAUCAUACCUCCCAUGCCUACCCCUGCUAUGGCUACCCACAACCUCAGGAACUGAAAGAAGUGCCCAAUCAGACUGAGGAGAUCUUAGAGUACAUCGAGGUGUACGAGUCUCGCACUGCCGACGACUACGCUGAGUAUCUGGCACGCGCCGAGAUGGCUCUGAGCAAUGCAGGGAACACGGAGUACGUCAACCGUGUGCUGGACACCGUCAUCGACAAAAGAGGCGCCCACAACUACUACUACAACACCAUCCUCCAGCGACUGGUGAUGGUACUAGCACAGUGCGAGAACAACAGAGACCACUAUUUCCACAUCAUGCAGAAGAUGCUGCAAGGUGUCAUCUUGCCGGAGGAGCACAUGGUACCGAACUUUUCGGAUUUCAAGGUGGACACAAAGAGGCUCGGCAUCGCCUCCGAUGGAGAAGUGGUCGAUAAGAAAGCGCUCAGUGCCGCUCAAAAGGAGCUGGAGGAAACAAGGGCCAAGAUCAAUAUCGAGAAAGAGUCUCGCGACAAAAUGAAGCUCGACAUGUAUGAAGCCAACGACAUGAUCGAGAAAGAGCAGAGGGCGAUCAAACAACAGCUGCUGGCAGUUCAACAACAAGCACACAUUGAGAUAGCUGUGGCCAGUAAUUUGGCUGAGAAAGUGCAAAGGCAAAUCAAUGAGACAAAGCAAAAGAAGGAUGGCCUGGAUACCCUGGCCGACAUGUUGCAACGAGCGAUCGAGGGCAAAAUCAGUCCUUCUCAGCUCAAAAUAGCCUCCAUUAGGACAGGCGCCGCAAUGUCAGUACCACCGCCGCCACCACCACCUGCAGGUAGACAAACAAAUGUCGGUUUGCAGAGUUUAGUCUAUAUUCAUUUCUAA